AUGGAAAUAGUAAGCGACAUUGUCAAAAAAAUUGCAGAUAAAUUAUCAAUCUCUGUUGAUGAUAUUGACACUACUAAACGUGUACCAGGAAAAAAAGAAAAGCCGGGAAAUAUUGAAAUUACAUUUAAAAAUGAAACAACAUCAACAAAAUGGAUCACAGCAGCGAAAAACUCAAAGCUAUAUGCUCAUGAUAUCAUGGAUAACUUGUCAGAGGCGACAGGGAAACAACUUAUUUACAUACGUGAAGCUCUAUCUUACUAUUAUAACAGGAAAUUACUAUGGGAGGCGAAACAAAAGUUAAAACCAUCCUACAAAUACGUAUGGUGUAAACGAGGUAUCAUCCGAGCACGAAAAGAAGAAAAAGGUGACAUCAUCAUAAUCCGUCGCGAAGAAGAUAUCGUCAGACUAGUUAGAGCCUAA